AUGGAGCAAGUCCUGUCUUACCUGCCUCCCUUCGAGGGUCUCCUCCCCAAGUGGCUCGUUUUCGUCUCCGUUGUUUCCGCCGUCAACAGUCUCCAGGCCUACAGCUCCGUCGAUUACACCUCCAAGCUCUAUACCAAUGGCGCUAUUGCCGUUGAGCCUCUCUCCGGUCGUGUCUUUGGCACUUGGACCUUCCUCUCCGCGGUCAUUCGCAUGACUGCCGCCUACAACAUCAACUCGCCCGUUGCGUACGAUCUCGCCCUGUGGACCUACGGUAUUGCCUUGACACACUUUGUGGGAGAGCUUAUCUUUGGUAAUGCCUCUCUGCGUGGCCGCUUCUUGAGCCCGUUGAUUGUGGCUUCGUCGUCGCUGGCGUGGAUGUUGACUCAACGGGAGGCCUAUCUUGGUGCUUGA